AUGGGCGUUCUCGAUAUCGUUCGGGGCCGAGAUGGCCGAGAUAAAGUUGCGCCGACGGAAACGGACGCUUACGAGAAGCAGGGCACCGCGGCCACGACUAGGGUCAAUGAUGGUGAUCAGCAAUAUGGAUUGAACGUCGACCCCGAAACUCGCAGCUUGGAGGCUCGUGAGGAUAAAGAGGUCUCAGCACACCCCGACUCCAUCACGGAGGGCACCUACGCCGGUCUGCAAAAAGCCGAAGCGGUGGCCCUCGUCUGGAGCCGCAAAGCCGUGUUCGGGACGUAUGCCUGGAUUUGGGUCUGCUUUUUCAUGCUGGCUUUCCACCAAACCAUGACCAAUCUGCUCAAUCCAUAUGUCUUCACCGACUUCCAGCAGGCCCCGCAGCUUCCUACCGCGUACAUGCUGGCGAAUAUCAUCGGUGGAGUCGUUAAAUUGCCUCUGGGCAAGACUCUGAACCUGUGGGGUCGUGCGGAGGGUCUGAUAUUCUCUCUGGCGAUCUACCUGCUUGGAAUGAUCAUUCUGGCCGCUUGUACGGGCCCGAACUCCUUCGCAGCUGGCUAUACCCUCUACUGGAUUGGAUACUAUUGUCUGUAUCUGCUCAUGGAUGUGUUUGUUGCCGAUACGUCUGGGCUGCGGAAUCGUGCCUUCGCCUUUGCCUUCAUUCAGACUCCUUUCAUCUGUACCGCCUUCACCGCGUCUUUGGCUGCAUCUUCCGUGCUGGAGACGGCUGGGUGGCGCUGGGGAUAUGGUAUUUUUGCCAUUGUCCAGUUUUUCGUCUUUAUUCCAUUAGCCCUCAUCUUCAAGUACUACGAGAAGAAGGCCCAGAAAAUGGGCAUUUACCACCGACAGCCGAGCGGUCGCACCAGAUUGCAGUCCAUUGUUCACUACAUUCACGAAUUCGACGUGAUUGGUGCUCUGCUUAUCAUGGUUGCCUUCGUCCUCUUCCUGCUUCCUUUCAGCCUGGUGUCUUACGGUCGCUCGGCAUACGAUACCCCCACAUUCAUCGUGAUGCUUGUGGUCGGGUUCUGCUUGUUCUUCGUCUUCGCAGCGUGGGAGAAAUGGUUUGCUCGCACUCAUUUCAUCCGAUGGGAGCUGUUCAGGAAGCGCACCAUCCUCGGCGCGUGCGCGCUGUCUCUCGUUAUCUUCUUCAGCUUUGAGCUCUGGGAUUUCUACUUUCAGAACUUCUUCCGGGUGGUCUACAACGUGAACCUCACCGACGCUGGAUACAUGCUCCAGAUCUACAAUGUCGGAUCCACGUUCUGGGCCAUCCCCGUGGGUAUCUUCAUUCGCCAGACCAGACAUUUCAAACCCGUCUGCUUGUACUUUGGCGUACCUAUUAUCCUCCUCGGCUCGGGUCUAAUGAUCUACUUCCGCGGACAGGAGCACGGAAUCGGCUACGUGGUGAUGUGCGCCAUCUUCAUCGCUUUUGGCGGCGGCACGCUGGUCAUCGGUGAGGAUAUGGCAGUGAUGUCUGGCGGGGACCGAGAGGGCAUUCCGAUGAUGUUGGCUAUGAUCGGCUUAUUCUCCAACAUCGGCGGCGCGAUCGGCCUUGCAGUCACGGCCGCCAUCUACAAUAACGUGUGGGUGGGCGCGCUGCAGCGCCACCUACCUGAUGAUAUGAAGAGUCAAGCUAUGAAAAUCUCCCUCGACGGCCUGGGAACGCAGAUGCAGUAUGCUCCCGGCACUCCCGUCCGCGAUGCUCUGGUUUAUGCCUGGAGCUGGACGCAGCGGGCCAACUGCAUUGCGUCGACUUGUGUUCUCGUUCUGGCAAUCCCCGCGGUGGCCGUGUGGAAGAACUACAACGUCGACCGCAAGCAAAACAAGGGCACCGUACUAUAG